AUGCAGACCUCACGUGUCUUCAAAGCGUCGCCUCACUGUACAGCCAGUCCUGAUGGCAGGUUUAUUGCUACAAUCUCUUCGCAGAGUAUCAUAGUGCGAUCAGCGCCCUCGCUCUCCAUCGUACAGACGAUCAAGUUACCGCCAGACUUCAGCACCCCUGUGUCCACGUUGGCGUGGGCACCUUCAUCAGCCCGCAUCCUUGUUGCAAACGCCGACCAGAUUCAUGUCGUCUCUAUAGUUGACUCGUCAUUUCGUGCCGCGAUCAGGAACCCUGCGGCAGGCGGAGGAAAGCAGACCCUUGUGCAGUUUGGUGCAUAUGAUGACGAAGUCUUUGCCUGUGCUGCAUUCGGUCUCAAAUUUUCUAUUUUCGACCUGCCUGCUUCUAAAGCUAUUGAGAUCAACAACCCCAAGUUUUACCUCCCCUCGUCUGCCUCAAGAGGUGGCCGCGAUGCUGUGAGUAUCCACGAGCCCAGGACGAGACGGGUGCUGCGAUCUUGGUUUCCGGAAACAGUAGACGCUCACGGCUUGGCAUGGACCCCUGAUGGAAAGUGGCUCCUGCUGUGGGAAGCCUCGGCGCAUGGUCACAAGCUCCUGCUGUACACCCCCGAUGGACAAUUCUUCCGCUCCGUUGGCGCAUCUACCAUUGCGCAGGUCCAGGACGCUGAUCUUGAGACUGGAAUUAAGUGUUGCGGUCUCAGCCAUGAUGCAUCAUUCUGUGCCAUUGGUGAUGGUGGCAGGACAGUGAGCGCUCUCCACACAAAAACGUGGAGAGACGGGUUAAAACUUACGCAUCCCGCCACAGUUGUUCCCAAGGAUACACUCCAGGUCUGGCAAGAACAGCUUAACACCUCCUCUCAAGGAGGUGCCUCUUACACAUUUCUCCGUGCAAACCAGAUGGUAUCGCCCCCUAGUCGAUCGGUAGACGGCAAGCCUUCACCCGAGGUAAAGACAGGAUGUUCGUCGUUGACAUUCGACGCAUCUUCGACUCUGUUAGUGACCAGGCUCGACGACGCGCCUACUACCCUGUGGAUAUGGGAUGUCACCGCAGCUGAACUCCGGGCGGUGCUUAUGUUUCAUUCGGCCGUUGAAUAUCAAUGGCAUCCAACAGCUCGCGAGCUUCUAUUAGUGACGUGCCAGGAUGACAAGUACCGGGGCGUAUCCUUCGUUUGGGAUCCAUUAUCUGAAGGGCCCAAGCCAGUCUCUUUGGGUUCUCACCUUCCGAAUGGCAAACUCACCGGCAAACCACAAGCAGCCUGGAUAAAUGGCGAGCCUGAGUUUCCGGUUCUCCUACUCUCAGACGCGCAAAAUGGUGUCUUGGUAUCGUGCGCAGAUGCAGCGCAAUGUCCGACACCCUGGCACGAAGGGGCUGCCGGCGAUAGAACGUUGGGGUCGGUGCAUGACAUCGCAGACACAGUUGAUGUGUCUGCUCUGAUGGCUGAUGACACAUCGACAUUGGACGAUACCUUCUCUUUCAAGCACAACUAA